GGAGAGGGCAGAGGUUCAAAUAGCAGGAUGCGAGGCCGCAGAAUCAUGGUCGAAUGCGAAGAGGGAGAGAAGACGCAGAGGACGACGAGCAAGAGCAAGAGCAAGAGAAAGGCGAGGACGGAGGACGGAGGACGACGAUCAGCGUUGCGCUCGGCUUCGAAAUAAUCUGAUUUUGCAGCACCACCACCAUCACCACCACACUCUCUCUCUCACUCUCCCUCCCUCUUCGAAUUCGACUCAUCACCCGUCUCGGCAAUCAUGUCGGACCUUCAGGAACUCGUGAACAUGAAGAUCGAGGAUGUGACCUCGAGCAUCAUCGCCGAGUACAUCUGGAUCGGGGGCUCGGGGGUCGACAUUCGCAGCAAGGCGCGCACUCUGCCAGGCCCCGUCACUAGCCCCCAGGAGCUGCCCAAGUGGAACUACGACGGAUCGAGCACGGGCCAAGCCCCCGGCAAGGACAGCGAGGUCAUCCUGUACCCGCAGGCCAUCUUCCGGGACCCGUUCCGCCGGGGCAACAACAUCCUCGUCGUCUGCGACUGCUACACGCCGGCCGGCGUGCCGAUCCCGACCAACAAGCGCGCGGCGGCUGCGGCAAUCUUCAGCAAGCCCGAGGUGGUAAAGGAGGAGCCCUGGUACGGGCUCGAGCAGGAGUACACGUUGUUGCAGAAGGAGGUGAAGUGGCCGCUGGGCUGGCCCGUCGGGGGCUACCCAGGCCCCCAGGGGCCUUACUACUGCGGCACGGGGGCUGACAAGGCCUGGGGGCGAGACAUCGUCGACGCGCACUACAAAGCCUGCCUCUACGCCGGAAUCCAGAUCGGCGGCAUCAACGGCGAGGUCAUGCCCGGGCAGUGGGAGUUUCAGGUCGGACCCUCGGUGGGCAUCGCCGCCGGCGACCAGCUCUGGGCCGCGCGCUACAUUCUCGAGCGCAUCACGGAGAUCGCCGGCGUCGUGCUAUCGCUCGACCCCAAGCCCAUCGAGGGCGACUGGAACGGCGCCGGGUGCCACACCAACUUUAGCACCAAGAGCAUGCGAGCCCCCGGGGGCUACAAGCUCAUCAAGGAGGCUAUCGAGAAGCUGGGCAAGCGCCACAAGGAGCACAUUGCCGCCUACGGCGAGGGCAACGAGCGGCGCCUCACGGGCAAGCACGAGACGGCGAACAUGAACACCUUCUCGUGGGGCGUGGCCAACCGCGGCUCCUCCAUCCGCGUCGGCCGCGACACCGAGAAGGACGGCAAGGGCUACUUCGAGGAUCGCCGCCCCGCCUCCAACAUGGACCCCUACAUCGUCACCGGCAUGAUCGCCGAGACCACCAUCGUCAUGAAAUGACUGGUGUACACUAGGCCCCGCAUCGACUUCCGCAAGCCCGCCUCGUGGAAUGGCUGGUAACUCGCCUUUUGAUUGUUCCUCGAAGCCUUUUUAUAAAUUCGAUCAGGCCUAGUUUUUUUCUUAAUUACAUACUUCCCUUCCCUUCCCUUCCCCCCGCAGCACCAGCAUUAGCACCAGCACCAGCCAAUUCUCACCCUUUCAUGCUGAAAUUCGCCAUCGCAUUUCGCCGCCGGAGUCGAAGCGCUCCGGACUUCACGUGGUCAUGAUGAUUCCAACCCUAUGCGCCGGAGCGGAGGAGGAGGAGGAGGACAGAUUGCUUUGAUCGAGGAAUCGCUCCCCGUGCUGAACCAAUCCUGCCAGUUCCUAGACUACCACGGGCGAGAGCGGACGAUCAUUGACUCUUCCUUUCUUUCUUCCGGCAAUCGAUCGACUCCGAUAAUAAUUGGCUGCAAGGCUGGCUCAUACAUAAAGUAGCGGCGGGGGCUGCCAGAGGGGCUAUUCUAUUUCCCGCGAGAGGUGACGGAAAGAGUUUAGGCGACGAGUGUAGGAAUGAGGAGAUCCAGAGAAGCUUGACGUUUUUGGUUAAGUCUGCCCGAUGAUUCAAUUCCCGUUCAAUUUUGGUUCGGAGCAACAAUGUAGCGAGAUAGCAAAUUUGCGAGUGCCUGAGAAGGCGAGGUGAGGACGGAUCCCAAAGUGGUGGCCGCUGGCCCAGACCCACCACCAUAUUCAGUCGAGGAGGGAACGAGAAAGCUCGUACCUCCCGAAGCAUCAUUCACCUCACGGGACGUGUAUCAGGAUUUCAACUGAACGAGGGCAGAAUUAGCACAUUUUAUGGAAAUCGAUCGAUCAGCAGAAUAGCAAGCUUCCGAAAUAGGCACCUUGUCGUAUUGUACGCGGACCUUCACCUUUUAUAAAGCAGAGUCCAACGAAAAUUUGAAAUCUUGUCCGGGCCCGGACUUCUGAAUCCAGGUCUCGCAUUUGCAGUUCAUGUCGUUACUCUGAUGGAUUUCCCAGAAAAUGUUGGAAUGAGGAUCUACAACGAGGUCAGGCUUUUCGAUGAUGACUGGAAUCGGAAUAAGCACAACCAGCUCCAAGAGGGUCAGCCAGAUUCUCAUCCGCAUCAAAUUCUGAACCCGAACGACGAUGAAGACGAGUUACUCAUCCUCCGUGCUUGAUGUUGGUUUCGAAUGCCUGCUUCUAGUUCUAAUUCCUGGUCAGACGAUGUGUGACGAACUUGUGCUUGGAAUGAAUGGAAGCCUCAGCCUCAGCCUCAGCCUCGAACUCAGCACUGAGAUUAGCACCAGAGGCUUCCUGACAACAUCAAGCACGGACAUUCUUUCGUCUCGCACCGUUUGCAGGACAUUCCUCAUCACGAGGAUAUUACUUGGGGUGCUAUAUUUGAUCCCUUCGGGUGUGGCUAGACUGAUGACAUGAAUACGUUUGCAGGAUGCUUCGUCCUGGACCCAGCGAGUAAGGGAUGAUGAUCCUCAUCUGCUUCCUCGCCUGUAAACAACAGUAUCCUCCAGAUAAUGCAGCGGCUUCGGGGCACGGCGACGACAGCGACGAAUUAAGGACAUCACGGGUGCAGUCACUGGGCACAGAAUGGGCCUACCACUUACUCUUUGCGUGGAGCAUUGUCUGCUGAACGCAUUA